AAAAUUUCCGGCUCUGUGUCGUGUACCGUACGUACGGAACAAAACCCUAAAAUCUCCUCUCACAUUAUGGGACAGAGACAACAUUUGACCCUUAAAAUUCACAAACUAUAGAUCUCUCCAGUCCCUUUCGCAAACCCUAGCAGUCGAAAGAUCGAAAUCGAAAACCCCUAAAACGAUGAAGGUGAUUGCUGCAUUUCUCCUCGCGAAACUCGGUGGAAACGAGAAUCCAACCUCAAAUGAUCUGAAGAAGAUCUUGGAAUCUGUUGGUGCUGAAAUCGAUGAAACGAAGAUAGAUCUGUUGUUUUCUCUCAUCAAGGAUCAUGAUGUGACGGAGCUUAUUGCUGCUGGGAGAGAAAAGAUGUCUGCUUUGUCUUCUGGUGGUCCAGCUGUUGCUAUGGUGGCUGGAGGUGGUGGUGGUGGUGCUGCUUCGGCGGCUGAGCCGGUUGCUGAAUCUAAGAAGAAGGUUGAAGAAGUGAAGGAUGAAUCUUCUGACGAUGCAGGCAUGAUGGGUCUCUUUGAUUGAUCAUUUGGUUAGAAGUUUCGUUUAAAGGUCAAGACUUUAUGUUUCUGAUGUUGGUUUUAUUGAUGGAUCUUUGUUUAAUGUUGAGACUUGUGUUUCUGAUGUUGGUUUAAUGAUCUUUGGUGGUGAUGACUCUAUGUUGGGUUUUACUUGUGAUUUGAGAAUUGUGGAUGAUGAUGAUGAUUUUAGGAUUUGAGAUUGAUAGAUCAUAGCGAGUUUGUUUAUGUGAUUUGAUGCUUUUGGAUCGCUGAGUAGUAUUAUCAUGAUUAGUAGUUAAAGAUGGAUAUAUUAAGAGUAGCCAGUGAGUCAAAAUGUGAAAAGGGUUUGUUUUGUUAGUGGCUAAGAACACAUUGGAGCAAAUCUUUCAUUUGAGUUUAUGUGUAUAGUGAGUUUGUUUAUGUAAUUUUGUAUGGUUUUUCAAUAUGGGUUUG